CGCGGAUGCGGGAUAAGGCACAAAGGCAUCCAUGACCGCAUAUUUCGGCCUGAGGCGGCAAAAAUCACGUGAUGUGAUGGCAACAGCUUCCAGCUUGCUUCACCCCCGAGCAGCAACGACCUCUCCAACUGCAUUGCCAGCCCAUCCCUUCUAACAGUCUUUUUCCAUCCCCGCUCAGCCACAUCAAGCUCGAAUCUAUCCAGAACUCGUCAUUACAUUUUAACCUACCCCCUAGUCGCUGACAGAGCUCCUGUCGCUGGCUUACAAACAUGGGUAACCAACAGUCUAACAUGGGCGGUGGCCCUGGAGGAGAUGGACGCGAUGACAAGGAUAAGAAGAAGGACAAGCCCAAGUACGAACCACCACCACCUCCUACUACUCGCAUUGGACGCAAAAAGCGCAAGGCCGCCGGACCCAGUACCGCCUCCAAGCUCCCAGACAUCUACCCUACGUCGAGAUGUAAACUGCGCUACCUCCGGAUGCAACGAGUGCACGACCACCUGCUGUUAGAGGAGGAAUACGUCGAGAACAUGGAGCGGCUUCGCAAGGCCAAGGCUCAGGCUGCCCAGGGACCCGCUCGAACUGAAGAUCCGGAGGUGUCAGACCGGAAUGCAGACGAGCGGAGUCGGGUUGAUGAUAUGCGAGGUAGCCCGAUGGGCGUUGGUAACCUGGAGGAGUUGAUUGAUGACGACCAUGCCAUCGUCUCCAGCGCUACUGGUCCCGAGUACUACGUAUCAAUCAUGUCCUUUGUCGAUAAGGAUCUCCUCGAACCCGGUGCCAGCAUUCUGCUACAUCACAAAUCUGUGUCGGUCGUUGGUGUGUUGACGGAAGAGUCUGAUCCGCUUGUGUCUGUGAUGAAACUGGAUAAGGCUCCUACCGAGUCAUAUGCCGAUAUUGGUGGUUUGGAGUCUCAGAUCCAGGAAGUCCGAGAAGCCGUCGAGCUGCCACUCCUACAUCCCGAGUUGUACGAGGAGAUGGGUAUCAAGCCUCCCAAGGGUGUCAUCCUUUACGGUGCACCCGGAACAGGAAAGACGCUUUUGGCGAAGGCUGUCGCCAACCAGACGAGCGCUACUUUCCUGCGCAUCGUCGGCUCCGAGUUAAUUCAGAAGUAUCUCGGAGACGGCCCGCGAUUGGUCCGCCAGAUCUUUACCGUUGCUGCGGAGCACGCCCCAUCCAUCGUGUUCAUCGACGAGAUCGAUGCCAUCGGCACCAAGCGUUACGAUUCUACGUCGGGCGGUGAGCGUGAGAUCCAGCGUACCAUGCUGGAGCUGCUUAACCAGCUUGAUGGUUUCGAUGAUCGUGGUGAUGUGAAGGUCAUUAUGGCCACCAACAAGAUUGAGACUCUGGAUCCUGCUUUGAUUCGUCCCGGUCGUAUUGAUCGAAAGAUUCUCUUCGAGAACCCCGACCAAAACACCAAGAAGAAGAUCUUUACCUUGCACACAUCAAAGAUGUCCCUCGGCGACGACGUUGACCUCGACGAGUUUAUCAACCAGAAGGACGAUCUCUCUGGUGCGGAUAUUCGGGCAAUUUGUACCGAAGCUGGUCUCAUGGCUCUUCGCGAGCGUCGCAUGCGGGUACAGAUGGACGACUUCCGUGCAGCUCGGGAGCGCAUCAUGAAGACGAAGCAAGACGGUGGCCCUGUUGAGGGCUUGUACUUGUAAGCGAUAGAUAGUAUUUGGCGAAAGAUGAUAUUGAUCUACGUCGGAACCCUUUCUGGGCUUUAUGUGUGUAUCUUAAUGGAACCCAUGAUCUAUGGGGUGGGCAUGCAUUGACACUACUGAACACCUCCCGCGAAGUCGUAGUUUCUCUUGUCAUAGUAACUUUUUCUCGUGA